AUGGAGAGUACCAUCGCAUUGCCCGAAUGGUACAGAAAGUCGAUACCCCUGCAUGCGAUUACCGCGGACUGUGUUCUGGAAUGGCCCGACGAAAGCAACUGUAAUGAAUUUCCUGUCAUCUGUCCCGUGCACGGCAUUCUGAGCCGAUGGUGUCUGAAACCGGACCACGGAGAGUGCACUUGCGGCUCAUCGACACCAGGUGCAACUGGAACAAACGCGGACAGUUCUGAGAACUUACAGAGAGUAACAAAAUCUAAAAGGACGACGACAUCAAUCCAACAACUGUUACAGCAGCUGUGGAAAGGCGAAAACAUACCAUGUUUGCUUAAAGAGCGAAUUAGAGGGACACCAGCAGACCCAGGUAGAGACCGGCAUGCCGCUUUUAUGGGCAAUCAGCUCCGCUUAACCCCUCGAGGUCCAGUAAUUGUGAAUAGCCAUUCGUUACGCGCACUGCUUGAUUGUAACAGCAGACAACCAGAUGCAGAUCCCAAGCAAACGCCGCUAGGUUCUGUGUACGCCUAUUUAGAAGAUCUCGGGCUAUGGAGUGAAUGGUGCGCAGUUUUCAAAAGCCAACUUCGUCACGUAGUACCUAAUGAUGUGGUGAUUAGAACACGCCCUAGAAUUGUUACCAUCUACAGGAAACCGGGUAGCUCAGGUAUUUUGGUCAAUAUUUUCCCCGGGUUGAAAUGUUUCGUCACCCGAUUGGAUUACUCUGAGUUCGCCUUCAGACCGGAGUUGAACUACGGGGACCAGCUGUUAGAACUCUAUCACUGCAUUCUUCAGCGUGGCCCAAUCCAAACUGGGCAAGAGCCCAAAGCUCACGAUGUUUUCCACCUUCGCAUAAGACGAUGUCCGUUUUUAAAGUGGCUGACGAUCGCAAUGGGUCCUUGUCCAUUGGUUACGGAAAAGCCAAAUUUCAUUGCUAGCCGAGAGAAUCUCAUGAGUUAUCUGGACAUGGGUUUUAGUAUUCACAAAGGACGCGUCACUGCAGUAGCGGCUAAGUCUCCAGCACAGGCUUGUGGUCUGGAGCCCGACCACCAUAUCGUGGAAGUCGCAGGAACUUUUACAGCUCAUCACACGGACGAACGCAUCAUUGGCAUGUUACGUCAACAUAUCAAGGGAAGCCCAACGCGAACUGUGGAAAUAGUAGUAAUACCGGAGCGAAUACAUGCCCAAUUGUGUUCAGUUCAAAAUCUGCACCAUGUGGUCUCUAACGAAGGGUUCAAUAUCGACUCGUGGGUACAAGCAGCACCAUUUGGUUUCAGGUAA